AUGUGGCAGCGCAUUCUCGCGCUCAUUUUGAGCGCCGUGCUGACCGCUCUCCGUUCGAUCUGGCCCUCGCGCUUCGUGGAUCCGCCGGCGUGGUUGAGCGAAAGCUCAGGGUCAGGUCAGGCCCAUUCGGGUUUUGGUGCAUACGCCCAUGCUGAACGAAACCCAGAUGGAGCCAUGCCGACCAUGGAGCAGCUGGAAGACGAUGAUGAGAACAUCAUUCCCCCCGACUUGGAUUAUGAUGGACCACGGGCUGAGGGCGACGUGACCUCUUUCACCAUUGAGCAGUUCCCUCAGCAGGAGGCAGACUUGCCGACGAGCUCGGAAGCGGCUAUCGCACACAUUCUGGCCUCGAACCCACGCGACAUCUUUGGCAUUUUGGGCCUGACCCCGAACAGCGACCCUGCUCUGGUGCGGCCACGCUAUCGCCGUCUCAGCCUCAUGAUUCACCCAGACAAAUGCGCUGUGUCGGGAGCGAGAGAGGCUUUUGCCCGCCUUUCCCAGGCUCACGCUGUAUUGACAACACCGGAUGCACUGAGGAUAUACAUGAAAGAAGUAACGUUUGUAUCGGCCGAGUCCCAGCGACGAGUCCGAAGAUUGCGACGCUUAGAGCAAGACUACGAAGAAUACGUUGAUACGGGAGCGACAAAACAGCCAUGCUGGAACCUUCACAUACAGCAAUACCUCACAAAACGCCUGAUGCGAUGCUGCACGAGCCUGCAGGGAGACGUAUGGAUUGAAAACGUCACCAAGGGCUGGUCGGUUGGUUGGUGUGGCUACUACAGUGAUGGUACCAAAGUCUACAACAUCACGGAUGCACUCCGCUGUGCGAAGGCCCACACCAACUUGCAAGCUGGCGCACACCGCGUCCAGAUGCACUUCAAGACGUUGCCCAAAAUGGUGGCACCAAUGACUUUUGACGAGUAUUGCGGCAUGGUGUUCAAGGCAGCAUGGCGCACGGUCUUAGCACAGCAGUACCCCGAUGGCCAAGCACCAAAUAUGGACGAGGACUUUUUGGCCUACUUGCGUCGGGAGCGUGACUUGAGCUCAGCCCGCCGUACCAAGGAAGCCAACGCCCCUGAAGGUGGCUCCAAAAAAGGAGUGCGUUCCCGACGCCCAAACAAUGCCGGGGCGCGUCGCGCUCGACAGCGGCGCUAA